AUGCAAACAACGCGGGACCGCCGUCCCGCGCACGGCGCAAUGCUUACGUUUCAGCAGCAGCAGCAGCAGCAGCAGCAACAGCAACACCAGCAGCAGCAGCAGGCAAAUAAAGCGUCACAGCUCAUUCACAAGCUUCACCAGCCCAAUGCUCUCGAGUCGCGCCAGCAGCAGAAGAUCCUUCAUCUCCAGCACAAGUUAGCCGCCGCUCCCGCCGCUCCCGGCGCCGCCGGCCCCGUUAGUCCCGUUAGUAACCACCCGUUCGUCCCGCCGAAUGCUACGCAGCCCCGGCGCCCCACGACGCCGACAAUGGGCAGCGCGAUAGGCGGCGCAAUGGGCGCCGCGGUAGGCGGAAUGGGCGCCGCGGUCGGCGGAAUGGGCGCCGCGGUCGGCGGAAUGGGCGCCGCGGUCGGCGGCGCCAUGGGCGGCGUGUCGCACCUUUCCAACUGGUUGAACGAGCUCCCCGCGAAAGCCGCGCGCCAGGUCGGAGGAGAGCAACGGGGGAGACCGGCGGCGGGGGUUGGCGGAGCGGAGAAAGGCGGCGGGGUUGCGCGGAGCAGGUCGAAAUCCCCGCUGAUGGGUCGCGCUAUUUCUCGCGAUGGCGGCGGCGGAAGCGCCGUUGAGCGGAGCCGCUCCAAGUCCCCCAUUCUCUUCCGCGGGGCCUCUGUUCCUGAUGCUCCUGGCGGAGGUUUCCCCCGCGCGGAUUCCGCUCACACGGGGGUGGGGAACAUGCGCGGAGGGCCACAGCCGUCGCUGCAGCGAAUGCGCACGCCUGAGGCGGAACGGCCUGGCGGACCUGCUAAUCAGGCUCGGCAUGUCCGGGUGAGCGGCUCGGGUUCUGGAGGUUCGGGAUCCGGAGGGUCGGAAUCUGCAGGCUCGGGAUCUGGAAGGUCGGGAACGCGAGUGCCCGCGCAAGCCGUGCGCAGUGGAUCGGGAGAAGGGGAAGAGCGGCGGGUGGCGCGGGACGGCAGCGGGCGGAGCUCUGCGGGCAGCAGCACUAGGGAAGGCGGCAGCGGUAGGGAGGGCGGCAGCGGUAGGGAGGGCGGCAGCGGUAGGGAGGGCGGCAGCGGUAGGGAGGGCGGCAGCGGUAGGGAGGGCGGCAGCGGUAGGGAGGGCGGCAGCGGUAGGGAGGGCGGCAGCGGUAGGGAGGGCGGCAGCGGACGGCAUGCCGCUGGCGGUGGCCGGCAGGGUGGUGUCAGCGGCCGGUCGCAUGGGGGCAGUGGCCUUCAAGAAGGUGGCAGUGGCCGGCAGGUGAACGCUCACGGGCGGCAGGAAGUGGGAUACGGGCGGCAGGACGAGCAUAGCACGGAGAGGGGCCAUAGUCAUGCGCGGGAGAGGAGGGAGAAUGGGCGUGGAAGUGGGAGUGAUGGCAGCAGUGAUGGGAAUUGGGACUUUGUAGAGCAGAUUGAGGAGCCCUAUAGCGGGGAUGGAUGGAGGAAGAGAGGAGACGGCGUGGGACGGAGGGAGAGGGAUGAUUCGAUAAGAGAUGAAAGGGAAAGGAGUGCGAUUAGGACGGGGGAUGGAAGGGGUGGGAGGAGUGAGGGGAGGAGUGGGAGGAGUGAGAGGAGCAGUACGAGGAGCAGUAAGAGUGGGAGUGGGAGGAGUGACGAUGCGGAUAGUGAUUAUAGCGGGAGUGGGGCGGGGAGUGUGAGGUAUUUUCCGGAAAGAGGGGGGAGCAAGAAGAGACCUACUUGGAUGGAGGAGGAUGGGGAUGACUUUUUCGAAGAGGAGGGAGAGGAGAGAGAGGAGAGAGAGGAGAGAGAGGAGGGAGAGGAGGGGGAGGAGGAUGGGUUUGAGGGAGAGGGGAUGGAGAGGGGAGGUGGGGAGUGGCGCGGUCAACAGACGCGUCAAAGGCAGAUUCAGUUCGAUCUGCCAUCCGCUAGCCAGAACAGAGAGGGGGGACGAGGGGGUUAUCAGCCGAGAGUGAGAAACGAGGGACAACGAGUAGGAAAGGGGGGAGGAAGAGGAGGAGGAGAAAGGAGGAUUGGGAGAGGGAGGAGAGGGUCGGGCAGGUCAAGUGGAAGCAUGGAUUCGGUCCCUGAGGGAGAGUGUGAGGAUGAGAGAGAGAAUGAGGAUGAGGGGGAGUGGGAGGAUGAGGGGAGUGACUUGGACGAGGCAGGGUACACAGAAGAAAGGGUGCUGCUGGGGGAAGGGGAAGAGGGUGGUUACCACAAGGGUGGUAACCAGAAGAGUGGUUACGAGGAGGAGGAGCGGCGGCUGUCGGAUGUGUCACUGCAGGGAGUCAAAGGGGAGGCAGGCUCGCCUGCUCCCAUGCCGCCCGCCCAGGCUUCAUACUCUGCUGCUUCUAUUGUUCCUGCUGCGUGUGGUGGUGCGGCUGCUGCGGCGGCUGCUGCUGUGCCUGGUGGUGGUGGUGGUGGUGCCGCUGAGAGUGGUGCUGAGAGUGGUGCUGGUGAACUGGAGCGUAGUGAGACGCUGGCAGAGAGGCAGCGGCGGCUGUACCUCACGUCCCCCUCCUUCGCCUCCAUUCUCAACCAGGUGGAUGAUGAGAGUGAUGGGGAGGAAGGGAGGGAAGGGGAGGGAGAGGAGGGGAAGCGAAUGGGGGAACCAGCAAGAGUAGUGGUAUCUGCAGCGUCUCGGGCAGCAGCUGCUGCUGCUGCUGCGGCAGCGGCGGUUGGUGCUGACAGUGCUGCUGCUGGUUCUAUUGCUCUUGAUGGGGGCAUCAGGGUGAGUCCGUUCGGGGUGGGGGUUGAAGGGGCAGGAGGGGGAAGGGAGACGGAGGGCCCGUCUUUGGCUGACGCGUUAGAGGAGGAGAAGCAGCGGCGGCUGCGGCUGGUGUCGCCCUCGUUUGCUUAUAUUCUAAAUGAGGUGGGAGAUGACGAGGAUGAGGAUGACGAUGAGGAUGAGACAGACCAGUUGAAGCAGCAGCAGGGUCAGGCGCAGCAGCAGCCACAGCAGCAGGGACAGACGCAGCAGGGGCAGAAGCAGCAGCAGAGUGGUGUGGAAUCAGAGGAGCAGCGGAGGCUGCGGCUCAUCUCGCCAUCCUUUGCCCACAUCUUGAAGGAAAUCGACUCAGACGAUGAAAACGAUGAAGACGAUGCUGCUGCUGCUCGUGCUAAUACUGGCGCUGCUGCUGCCGCUGAUGGUAGAGAUAAUAGGGACCAUAGGACUACCAGCAGCAGUGCUGGCGGGGGCGACCUGUCUUUCGACCUCUCUGCUGCGCACCGAAACUCGCGAUCCACUUGCUCCCUGCCCUCCCCAGUUGCCGCCUCCCCCAGAAGCACCUCCCCCGAUGCACUCUUCCCCCGCCCUAGCUCCCCCUGGCACAGCAGAAGCUGCUCUGCUGCUUCCGCUGAGCUCUCCCCGCGCCUGUGGGGGGGAGGGCGCGGGGGAAGAGGGGGAAGCGGGGGGAGGGGAGGAGCGCCAGGGGGAAGGGGAGGUGGGAGGGGAGACGGGGGCGAUGGAGGGGGUUGGGAGAGAGUGGCGGGACUGGGGGUUGCGCGGAUGGGGGGUCAGGGGGAUUGGGAGAGGGGGAGGGGUGGAAGCAACGAGGAGAUAUUUUUGAAUCGCAGAUUCUCAAGGAGCAGGGAGCCGUCGCUGUCCAAUGAGGGGCUGCCACGUAGCAUGAGUGCAACGGUGGUGGGAAGCAGGAGCAGGGAGGCAUCACCUGGGGAGGCUGGUGCUACUGGUUCAGGCACUAAUGGCAGGGCAGAGAGCGGGCAGGGGGGACAGUGGGGGCAGGGGGAGCAGGUGGGGCAGGGAGGGCAGUGGGAGCAGCGGGAGCGCAGCCAGCAGCACAUACGCGCGAGGGGAGGGGGCUCCCUGGGGGGGUUCUCUUGUGCUUUGCCCCGUGCUGCUACUGUUGACGGUAGCAGCAUUCCUCAGCGGAGCAGGACCGGCGCUGGCGCUGCUGCUGCCGCUGGUGUUGCCACUGGCACCGUGGGUGUUGCAGCAGCAGCAGCGGGCGGGCAUGGGCACACGACAGCGGCUGCUCUGAUCAGCCCGCGGGAAGUCCGCAUGCAGGGGCAAGGGGGGCACAGCUCCCGUCCAAUGCUCGGUCCUCUCUCCCAGGGCGCUCUGCAGGAUGGCCACCACAUGCUUCUGUCCCCUCAGAACAGCCAGCCGCUCUCCCCACAUGUCGCCCUGCCACAAUCCCCGCACCUCGCCCUGCCACAGUCCCCGCACCUCGUGCAGCCUCUGGCUCGUGUGCCGGAGAGCAGCAGUGCGGAGGAGGGCGAUGGGCCGUUUGGUGAGCCCAGGAUGCAGGGCGGGUGGGUGGGAGGGCAGGUUGGAGGGCAAGUGGCAGGGCAAGUGGCAGGGCGGACAGGAGGGCAGAUGGGAGGGCGUGGGGUGGCACCGCAGGGGGGAGGGUUUCGGCGGAUGAUGCACAAGAGCAUGAGCGAAGGGGGUGAUGGCACGUCGCUUGUUCCGGGGGUUAAUCUGCGGCAUUUUGCCAGCGCUCCUGACGUGGCGGAUGGUGACGUGGAUGGUGGUGACGUGGCAGGGGGUGUAUCGCCAGGUGGGCGCAGGCUGCAGAGGAGGUACACGUCAGACGUGGAGAGGCAGCGACAGCGGCAGGAAUGGCAGCAACAGCAUCAAGUAGUAAGAAGGACAGGCAGUGGGGACGUGAGUGCUGGCAUGAUGAGCCCCAGAAGCAGCUCCAGCGAAAACGCUGUUGGAGCAGGAAGGGGAGUGAGGCCAACAGGGGCGGCUGCUGGUGCUGCUGGGGCUGCUGUGGCUGGUGGGGUUGGUGGGGUUGGUGCGGGUAGUGGGGGAAGGAGGCUAGCUAGGCACCAAUCAGCCGAGACCGAGUCGCUCAACCGGCCAAUCAGACGCGGCCACGUGGCAUCUGUGGAUUUCUCCCCUCCUCGCAGCCCGCUUUCCAGAAUGGCCGACUCUCACUCUGUUGACUACUCGCCCCCUCACUCCCACCAGCACUCAUACCUCACACCCGAACCUGAGAAUGCUGCAGGGGAAAUAGACCUCUUCCCUCAUAAUAGUAACAAUCCAGUCAUGUCACACUCUCAUUCUCUAGGCCACUCUCCGCCCCAAUCUCGCCAGACCUCAACAGCAGCUCUGGUUAGUCCCCGAACCGGCCGUGCGCCGGACCAAAGCUCUAGCUCUGGCAACGUGCGGUUUGUGAUUCGGAGGAGUGCCACUGUGGAUGGACCAGGUGGCGGUGCUGGUGCUGCUGCUGCUGGUGCUGCUGGUGGUGGUGCUGCUGGUGGGAGCAGUGAAAGUGGCAGUGGCAGUGGCAUGAGGCAGAGGACCAAAAGCAGCAGUGUCAGCGAUGUGUCCGAUGCUCCUCGCUCUGCUCUUGCUGCUGCUGCAAGCGGUCCGCUCCAAAAACGUCUCCUUCGUCCCCCCAAGCUUUCCACCAAAGCAUCCCCCUCCGCCUCCCCCACCACCUCCCCCAAUGAUUCCCCCUCCCCCUCUCCUUCCCCCUCCCCCUUCCACAAGACGCGAGGAGAAGUCCCUUCUAAGUCUCCUGUUGUGGGGGAGGGCCGAGGUAGGGACGGCAGAGGGCAGGGAGGAAGCUUCGACGAAGGUUCCUCGCAGAUGCAGACGAGAAGCAAGCAGCCGCAGAGGUUCAGCUCGUCCUCCUCUGUCUCCUCGGCAGGUCAUGCUUCAGGUGCUUCAGGUGGCGGUUCAGGUGGGCCACGAACGCCCACCCGCUCCUCCUCGACUUCUAGUGCUGCUGCAGCCCCCCAAGCCCAUGGAAGCACACCCAAAUCACCGACUCGGACCUCCUCCUCUGCCUCCACCUCAUCUGCUCAUAACGAGGAUAAAGGCAGGCCCAGAACGCCCACUCACACCUCCUCCUCUGCAUCCAGCAGAUCUGCUCAUAACGAGGAUAGAGGCAGGCCCAGAACGCCCACUCGUAUGCCCGUUUCUGCUUCUGUUGGGUCUGCUUAUAGUGGGGAUAAGGAAAAGCAUCCUCCAGGUGAACAGAGAGUUAAGACUCCUACUCGCAUGCCGUCCUCUGCUUCUACUGGGUCUGGUUAUAACGGGGAUAACAACCCUUUAGGUGAAAGGAGGUCCAAAACUCCCACCCGAAUGCCGUCUUCGGCCUCCAACGGAUCUGGUAGUGGAUCUGCUUAUAACGAAGCACAAGUGCGACCCAAAACGCCAACUCGCACCUCCUCUCCUGCUUCAGCAUCCUCCUUACAAGACGACUUGCUUGAAGACGAUGCCGCUUUAGAGGAAGUACACCAGUCGUUUUUCCGUGCUAAGGGGAAAAGAUUCCUGGAAAAAGCAAUGAAGGGGUUCAGUAAGCUCGUGGGAGGAGGGAUGGGAGCAGUGAACAUUCUGGGAGGGGAGUAUAGGGAUGUAGGGGCGUCGUAUGCGGUGCAGAUGGAUCAAGAGCUUGGGUCGGGGCAGUUUGGAGUGACUCGGGUGGCGGUGUGCCGGGCGACGGGGGAGAAAUUUGCAUGCAAGACAAUCAACAAGGCUGCUCUUAAGAGCAAGACUGAUGCGGACGAUGUGAGGCGCGAGGUGGCUAUAAUGGAGAUGCUUAAAACGCACCCCAAGGUGGUGCAGCUGAGGGAUGUCUUUGAAAACGAGCAGGCCGUCCACCUGGUAAUGGAGCUCUGUUCGGGCGGCGAGCUGUUCGAUCGAAUCAAGGAGCGGCGGCGGUACAGCGAGAGGGAGGCGGCGGUGGUGAUGCGCGCGGUGCUGGGCGUGCUGCAGAGCUGCCACCAGCGCCACCACGUGGUGCACCGCGACAUCAAGCCUGAAAACAUCCUCCUCGCCCACCCCUCCUCCCCCACCGACGUGCGUGUCAUCGACUUCGGGAUCUCCGCCAUCCUGAAACCAGGCUCCAAGCCACUGUCUGAUUUUGUCGGCUCACUCUACUACGUCGCCCCAGAGGUGAUCGAAGGCUCUUAUGGCUUCCCAGCAGAUGUGUGGUCGGCAGGCGUUGUCUUAUACGUGCUGCUGGCCGGCAUACCGCCCUUCUGGGCCAAGACAGAAGCCGAUGUGACCAAGGCGAUUCGGGAGGGGAAGGUGGGGUUCCGGGGCGCUGUGUGGAGAAAUGUGUCAGAUGCGGGGAAGGAUUUGAUUCGCCAGCUGCUGACGCACAACCAGAAGAAGAGGAUUACUGCUCGUGCUGCCCUCGGUACGUAUUUGGCCUUGCAUAGAUAG